CAAGUUCCCAGGUUAUAUCACGCCCCCGCAUCAUCCAUCCUAAGGCCCCUUAGUUGUACCUAACCUCUAACAUAACGUGCCCUACACUUUUUUAUUUCAUUCUACAAUGCCCGGAGACAGAGAGUACCACAUAGAUGACAUGACCCGUACGGCCUUGCAGACCCAGGCCGGCGUACGGUUUCUUCUCCGCGCCAAACUGAAGGCCGAGUCUCGACACUCUUCGGAUGUCAUCCCUUGGGCACAAAACCUCUCGGAAAAGGUCACCAAGGCCAUGGCGGAAGCAGCCGGGCACCAACUAACCCAUUUUGCCAUACACUUAAACGCGAUCAAGCUGCAAAGCCGCCGGCCGUACGCGCUUAUCUGCUACGAUCUCUUCCUCCAUGAAUCCGACAAGGACUUACGAAGCCAGUUCUCUCAAAACCCUAAUCAACCAAUCCACGAGAUCAUUAAGCGCGCAAAUAGCUACUAUAUCAUCAGGAGCAAGCGACUAGACGAUAUGGUAGCAAGCACGUACAAGCACCUACAGGAGUGUGAUAACGGACCGCCGCCGUACUUUGAAGAUACCCUCCAUCCGCCCCUGUAUGUCGAUGGGAGGCGGAUCGAGCGGCCUAAGGACGGAACGCGUCAUCCAGACGAACCGGAAGGAUGGGACUGGGAGCGGGGUUGGGUGUUUGGGCCGGAAGAGGAUAAGUUGAAGGAGGACGGGGACGAGGUGGAGAAGUGACCUCGGGAACAGUUGGUGGGAGAAGGGCAGGGCUUUCUAUCCUUACAAGCACAUGUAGAAGAUCGUGAUCUUAUCGAGUAGUCAAGCUCCGUAGUCGAGGUCUUCUGUCCCCUUGUCGAGGCAGGCUAUAAGGGCAUCGGUAGUAUUUCAACUCGAAAGCCUUCUAGCAAGAAAGUAAGCCUGUAUGAUAGUGUCAAAUAUCUUCUUAUCGUUAGUUUCAAACAAUAUGUCGACUACGACCAACUCUACGGUCCUUCUUUACCGCGCACGACAGAGCUUGCUCGGCAU